GGGCGCUUGUUGAAUGCAGCGAGCGGGAGGAAACACCGGCAGUCGUUCGUAGAGCGAUACGUGGCAAGCAGUUCCCCCUGAGCGAGAGCGAACAAGGUAGAAAGGCUGUCGGGAUCGCAGGCUGUCGGGACCCGAUUGUUGAUCCGUGACCAGAAAGUGACACGCGGCACGUCAUUCUCCGGUGGAGGAGGUCCUGGAGAUGGUUUUGGGAGACAAGAGAGAUGAAGGAUGAUGGCUCCUCUAUAUCUAGGAGUCUUCCGUCAACGCAGAGGCAUCCUUCUGCUCCUCGUUGUCCUUUUGAGUGCUGGGUCCCGGGAAAUCCUCGGUGCCAGGGCCACUGCAGAGGAGGAUUAUAGCGGUGAGAGACAGGAGACCAGGCAGAGAGAGCUUACAGAAGCGCAGGCGAGUUCCCUCAAUAUCAUUAACACAAACCUCCUGAAGAACGUUGCCAAUAUUCUCUCCAGUAGAGGAGACAUAGCCACCAAUAAAGCCUAUCGGAUCUUAGCGAUCGCUCUUUCACCAAAUGAAGAGACCAUUUAUUACUCUGAAAAGUUGAUGAGCCCAUCUGUUGAUAACGCAAGCUUCUUCACGAAUUGGGUUAAGAAGGCUGAACCCAUAGGUCCUUACAACACAACGUACAACAUCACAUAUGUUGCUGGGCCAUGGCCUUUGGACACCAAGUUGGGGCAGUAUGCCAGCUUCAGAAACUCCACCUGGGCAAGCAAUGCAACAAAUGGGUCUGAUGUGCGGGGCUUGUUGAUGUGGAAUCACACGGCUUUAGUCCUUUCAGACAUGAAUAACAGUGCUCUAUGGACACUCGAUGUGAACUCCGGAAGAGGUGUGGAGCUACUAGACAAUAUAAAGUCGCCGAUGCAGAUGGUCAGGCAUCCGGUGCAGGAUGCCAUCUUUGCGUCCGCUAACUCUCUCAUCAGAAAAGUGAACAUGUCUACACCUUCGCAAUUCCAACGGUCGUAUAUACUUGCAGGCGGCGAGGAGGUUGGGUAUGUGGAUAAUCCAAACUCUAAAUUUGUCAAGUUUAGCGACCCCAUGAUCGGACCUCAGGCCAUUUCCAGUGAUGGAAGCAAAUUGUACGUUGCUGACUACUGGAAUAACGCGGUGCGACGAGUGGACACUGCCACAGGUGCGACAGAAACAAUUGCUGGAGCAUCAAGAGUGGUUACUGCCACAGGUGGGACAGAAACAAUUGCUGGAGCACCCGUGGGCCAGCCCACAUUUCCUAGCCCUGAGGGCGGAUUCAACAGUCCUCGCAGUCUGGCCUUGGAUUCCAAAAACUGCAACCUGUUUGUCUCGGAGCGUGACAGAGGACACAUCCAUUGGCUGCGUUUUGACAGACCGAACGGGAAAGUAAUUGCUGUUGAGACAGUUGCUACACUUUUGAAAGCUGAUGGCUUACCAGAAGCAAUUAUGUCUCUGUAUCUCACCAAGUUGGAUAGGUACCUCUACGCCGGCACUGGGGAUGGCCAGRUCCUAAAGCUUGAAGUGAGUGCUUCCUUCCUUCAAUGUCCCUCCGAGGGAGAAAUGUCUUCGAGUUUGAAGGUGGUGAUUGGUGUAUCAGUGGGGGUGGUUCUAGCUGUAAUUGUCGCACUAGUCUUGAUCUUUCGAAAGCGUUGCUGCGGCCAGUGGUGGAGCACUGCACAGCCCCCAGAUUUSACCAUGGCGCCGACAACAGGUACCUGUGAUGGUCAAUMCYCUCUCCUAACCACUACUGUUAGCGGAGUGAGUGUGUUCUCUGAGACCGACGCAGAAUGGCUGGCUGCCAAUUCCAUYACGGCGUUCCCCUGGUSGGAGAUCGAAAAGGCACUAAGUGAGGGUAGCUGCCUGACUGGGAWGAGUGGUGGGUACGGUGACGUGUACAGAGGCUCCUUGAUGGUGGGAAAAGCGAUGACGGAUGUGGCCAUCAAGGUGAUGCGAGGGGAACUGGACACAGUCAAACACAGACAAUUCCUGGCGGAGGUGAACACACUCAGUCAUGUGCGCCACAAGAAUCUGUGCAAGCUGUUGGGUUAUUGUGUGGAGGGAAACAGGUACGUCCUUGUAUACCCAUUUGUUUCAGGAGGGAGUCUGCAUGAUCGCCUGCACAGAACAAAACCAAUUGCAGCAGCACCAGCAGCACUGGAUCUGCAGGAGCGGCUUGCAUCUAGCACCGUCCCUGGACCCCAUGGAGAUGGAUGGGAGCCGUUGAAUUGGACAGAGAGGGUGGUGAUUGCAAGCCAGCUGGCCACCUGCUUUAGAUAUCUCCACCAUGAACUGGAACAACCCAUCAUACAUCGCGAUAUUAAGACCCAGAAUGUGCUUGUCGAAGGUAAAGGGAAAAACUUGCAUGCAUACGUCUGCGACUUCGGGCUUGCCAAGCCUGGGAAUGUGCCCCAUGCUGACAAUCCAACCCCCUCUGGCAAAACGACGGUGGUGACCCUGACGCACGGAGGUACUCCUGGGUAUAUGGCUCCCGAGUACAUUUACGAUGCCAAGCUGACUUUGUCAAGCGAUGUCUUUGCGUUUGGGGUGAUAUUGCUAGAGCUGGUAACUGCCAAGAGGGCAAUCCUGAGGCUGGAGAACGGGGACCCMAUGCCACUGUACUCGUGGGUAAGACGGUAUYCGGCCACGUCGGCUCUCGAUCCACAUUUACAAAAUUCCAUGACACCGGAGGAACGGGUGUUGGUGCAGGAUAUGCUGAACCUCGCGCUGCAGUGCACAGAUGAGCRGAWAUCCAGGAGGCCAUCCAUGGUGGACACAGCGAGGGCAAUUGAAGCGAUGUUGACUGGACCGGCACGCUAGUGAAUKUUGGGAGGAUUGCRAAGAGCGAAUCGGCUCGCAAGGUCRAGUGUUGUGCCUUCGGCCCAGAAGAUGGCACUGCAUGCCCAUAAGUUGCCUGGCUGGCACCCUUACAUUACUGGCAAUGCAUGAGUUACUCCCAAUUCGUACUCCCUCGUGAGGGUAUGGUCGAAAUACCCAUGUGAAAGUCUGCGGGCCGCGAAAUGGGGCAUGGACAAAGCCUGAGCGAAAGGGGAGGCAAACAGGAAGGAAGAAAGGAGUGGGAAACUGCCUUGUCUGGGUGUGGUGAGUUGACUAACUAUGGGGCUAUUUAAUCUGGGGUAAGGGUAGCAAAGGCAUUGCUUUUCUAUUCCCCCUGUAUUCUGCUGCUUCAUCAUGCUUACGAUAGAGGGGUACAUAACCGUACAUCCUUACAAGUCUUCCAAUUUCUAUUAUCGAAUCUUCUUCUUGCCUUUCAUUUUUGUUUUCUGAUUGGGUGCGGCAAGUCAGGUGUGGUUGCUGCUGCCAUCAUCCAUCUCAGUUGAUAUCUCGCCGGAUCAGCCGACAUCACAUCAGGUGGUUUGGGGAUCAUGCGCAGUUUUACCAACGAAUGAAAGAUUUYGAUUCACAAAGUUUCAGGAUAUAGUACCCUGAACUUCUCCUCCUUCAGAUAUUGCGUUGGUGAUUGAUUGUAUAAAUAAGUUAAAAUAACAUAUGGCCUGUGAGACUAGAUUGGUUUUAUAAAUUUUCUUUACGAAGAUAACCAAAUCGCUCGUGUAGAUGGACGUGCUGGCAUAAGUAGCAGAGGGUGUUUGGUCGUUGUCUUGGUUCAUGAGGGCCUUSGUAACAACUGCUUGCGUAUAGGUUUCUUCAGGUCUGUGUUUCAUUUGGCUUUUUAUGGAGUUGCACUGGGAGCCAGUGCCUGAUAUAUGACCACAACUUUGCAUGAUGGAAUUUUUCAGACAUGUAUGAUGCUUCUUGAGGUUUCCUAUUUGAUACCCUUAAAMCACCAGUACCUCYUAAAAGUCCUGCACGUUAAUGGGCGUGGCUUUUGGGAUGAACGGGCCUGGCCCGAUUCAGCCAAGUGGAAACGGAGCGAUUUCCACUUUUCGCUGGCYGUUAACGCGGAGCACUUUUAGGAGGUACUGGUGGUUUAAYUGUUGUUAUUUCAACUGUGGUCACUUUUGUCAGUAACCACAGUAAAGAGGAUAACUAAGGUAAUGGGGGAUAUGAUGGCGCGUCCGAAGGGCAGGGAAGGUAAACGGUGGGGUCAGGGUUAACUAAGGUGGAAGAUCGACUUCAAGUGGAAGGGGAGGGAGAGGUCGUAGGGGGAGGUCCCACAUCGCUGUUUAGAUUUGGGGGUGGACUGUGUGUGUGUGGGGAGGAGUAUYUGACGGUGGACACCAUCACAUGGAAGAGGGGGGGACCGAGUGGUGUGUCCAAAGAGAAGGAAAAGGUUAAGGGGUGGGCGCUUGAGUGGAAGUUYGACUUCAAAUGGCAGGGAAGGAGAGGUGGGUGCUGACAUGGCCAAGUACAGCUCAGAGAUAUUGCCGACCUGGCAUAGUUGGGAGUCAUACCUCUAUAGAAAGUCGGGGGCCAUCACUGGUUGCUGACCUGUCCGCGGGAGUGGCCUACCUAGCCGCUGAUGUUGUAAUGUGUGUGUGUGUGUGUGUGUGUGUGUGUGUGUGUGUGUGUGUGUGUGUGUGUGUGUGUGCGUGCGUGUGUGUGUGUGUGUGUGUGUGUUGAGCGGGGGAGGUCCAAUACUGUUUAGAUUGGAGGAGGAAACUUAGGGGAGGAAGUGGAAGGUGAGUUAACUGUGAAGGCGGAGACAAGGCGACAAUGAUGUGGGAAUCAACGCUAGCUUUCUAC